UUUCCAGUGCAUAGUUCCUCUGAUUUCGUUUUAGUCGAGAUUCCUUAAAUGUCCUGACAAAAUAUGAAUGUGGAACUAAUCUUGGAACAACUUUUAUUCAUUAUAAUCGUCUUCAUUUCAGAUAUUUCCGGGGAAGAGACGUUUUGUGAGAACAGACAAGACAAAUUCCCUUGUGAACAUGGCUGUUGUGGUGACUACAAAGACCAACACUGCUGUUCCUUCGCCGGUCUUAUCGUCGGCAUAAUCAUCGGAGUAGCGCUACUCAUCGCUGUCAUUGCUGGGAUUGUGUACUGCUGGCUUAAGAAACAUUGGCGGAAGGAAUCAUGUUCCUCAGUGGCGGUAUCUAGUCACAAUUGUAGAGGAGCAAACGUUACGGUGCUUCAUCAGUCCAGAACGAUGGCUAUCACCACAGGGUCGUCGAAUCACAGUCCCGGAUUUUCCCCUUACGAUUUGACUUUUAAUCAACAGUUUCCGCCACCUUACAGUGCACAAGUGCCCCCAGCCCUUAAGUAUUCUCCGCCCCCGUAUUCUCAGGCUCCUCCCCCUUACUCAUCUAAGUCCCCAACACAACGAACGACACUACACAGUAUUGGGAGUGAUAGUGAAAUAGUCGUCCCUCCAAACUCCGGAAGUGGACCACCGCCUGUCUCCUAUUAACAACUCACGGGGAAAAAAAAUAAGAAAAGGACCACGUUUUCACUGAAAAUUAUAUAUAAACAUGUGUAUUCUUUUCAUAUAUGUGUACUUAUUGUGUUUGUUAUGUGAUAGUUGUGAAGGGGCCAUCUUUUUAAGGAUAUGAUAUAUAUCUUUUUUUGAAAGAACAUCCAUCUCAUUUUUAAAAAAUAAUUUUCUAUAAAAAUGAUGCUAAUAUAUAUAUAUUUUCAUGCCGAUGUACAAUGAAGUUGUAUGGUGACGUUUAUUGUUUAUCGUAACUACUAAUCGUUUUGGAAUAUUGUGAAGUGAAUAUUGGACAUCUACUUCAGAUUCAACAAUAGAAUUUUGAUUUGUUUUCAUAACUACGAUGUACAUGUAUUCUUUAUAUAUAUAUACAUAUAUAUAUAUACA